AUGUUGUGUUAUUACAUCAUUUUGAUACUAAACCACUUGAAAUUAGCCUGUAACUUGUUGCUCAACCAUUGCUUCUUCCCCGGCACUUACACCGUGCAGCCAUUUCCGCCGCUUCCCGCCGUUCAUGUCGAUCGACUCGCCGUCGUCCGAUUUCAUGGCUGCGGCACCGACCCAGACGAAGCCGAGGAAGUUACCUGUGCCGUCUGCCUAUGCGAAAUCGAAGAAGACGAUGAGAUGAGAGAGUUGAGGUGUAACCAUCUUUUCCACAAGGUUUGCUUGGAUAGAUGGCUUGGUUAUAGCUGUUCAUCGACUUGUCCCGUUUGUCGUACGUUGUCAACUCCGGCUAAGCUAGUUGCCGGCGCUGAAGUGCUGGUGUUUGACGGUUUCGAUUUUCACUCCGACCACCGCCGCGAUAACUGGUGGCUGCGCUAA